UGACGUCACAGGGGAGAGCGUUCAGGCUGCGUGUGGAAAACUCUGGAAGUUUCCACGCAGUUUAUAAAGAUUACGCUGAGAACUCCAGCGACAGCCUGAGUUGAGAAGGACGGACCGGAGCGAGAGGUGACACACGGACAGCAAAAAAACUUCCGCGAAAACUUUGGUUGAAUAUUUGACAUUGACGCAGCGAAGGGCUGCUGGUCGGUCAAGAUGGGCAAGGAUUACUACGAUAUUUUGGGAAUUAAGAAAGGAGCGUCAGAGGACGACAUCAAGAAAGCUUAUCGCAAGCAGGCUUUGCGGUACCACCCCGACAAGAACAAAUCCCCCGGAGCGGAGGAGAAAUUCAAAGAGAUCGCCGAAGCCUACGACGUUUUGAGCGACCCGAAGAAGAAGGACAUCUAUGACCGUUUUGGAGAAGAAGGUCUGAAAGGCGGUGGCGGGGGAGGACCACCAGGGGGCGGUGGACCUGGCACCUUCAGCUACACCUUCCAGGGAGACCCUCACGCCAUCUUUGCCGAGUUUUUUGGUGGCCGUAACCCCUUUGAGCAGUUUUUCGGUGCUCGCAAUGGGGGUAUGGAAGAGGACAUGGACACCGAUGACCCGUUCUCUCGGUUUGGGAUGGGCGGUGCCGGAAUGGGCCCCGGCGGAAUGGGCCCCGGAGGAAUGGGCCCCGGCGGAAUGGCCGGCUUUUCGCGCUCCUUCGGCCCUGGCAUGGGAGGAAUGGGCGGUCACACGAGCGUCGUGAAGAAGCAGCAGGACCCGCCCGUGGUUCACGACCUCAAGGUGUCGCUAGAGGAGGUGCUGCACGGCUGCACCAAGAAAAUGAAGAUCUCCCGGAAAAGGCUCAACCCCGACGGCCGGUCGACGAGGACGGAGGAGAAGAUCCUGGAGGUGCAAAUAAAGAAAGGGUGGAAGGAGGGCACCAAAAUCACGUUUGCCAAAGAAGGGGACGAGACGCCGAGGAACAUUCCAGCAGACGUGGUCUUCGUGUUGAAGGACAAACCUCACCCGGUGUUCAAACGGGACGGUUCUGACAUCAUUUACACUGCCAAGGUCUCACUACGCGAUGCCUUAUGCGGCUGUACGAUCCACGCGCCCACGCUGGACGGCCGGACGGUGACUGUGACGUCCACAGACAUCGUGCACCCCGGGAUGAAGCGGCGGGUCAGCGGGGAGGGGCUGCCGUACCCCAAGCGACCCGACCGCAGAGGGGACCUGAUAGUGGACUACGAGGUGAAGUUCCCGGAGCGACUCAGUCAGAGCGCUCGGGACACCAUCGGCCAGGUUCUCCCUCGAUCCUGAACGACACAGACACCGCUGCUGGACUCGCACUUGGCUGCCAUUUUUGUUUUUUUUAAACUCGUGAAUCAAAACACGGACGUUCACAAGUUAAGACUCACAUCUGACAUGAAGAGCGACGCUUGUUGGGUGAGGGUGGGGUGGGGUGGGGGGGGUUGAGAUUUGGAGAUACUUGCUUCCAAUGAAUGAGUGCUGCUUUUCAGAGGCUAGAUUUGUAAAUAUAUGACCAAUGUGGUGCAGUGUUUGGUUUACCGAGUUUAUAUUUUCAUGAAAGCUGUACAAUAAAUGAGGGGAUACACGUGCCACUAUUCUAUAAGAUCUCUUGUUUAUAACAGUUUUCAGUGAGAAAACGUUUAUUUUUUUGUAAGAUGUUUCAACAUCCAGGUUUGUAGUGGAUGGUUUCCACAGAUGUGAGAUGUUUUGCGAAGUGCAGAACAAAUUGUUUUAGUGAGAACGGGAGCUCUGAGGAAUGGAGCGAGAGACUGUUCUCUGUGUCUUCAAUAAAGAUGAUUGGGUGCUGUUUACA